AUAACACACAGAGCGAGAGCACAGUUCCAGACAUGGGCUCCAGGGUCCUGCAGGUGGCGCUGUCCGUGCUGUUGGCGAUCAUGACAGCGACGACGGUGGGCCUCAUCAUCGCUAUGGUGACAAAAAACAACAACAUCACAGGAUCUACACCAGCCCCUCCCUCAUCUCCCCCGUACCUCAUCGGACUGGGACGAGCCGACUGCACCGGGCCGCCCGCAGAGGUCCCACUGAUGGGUUAUGCUAACUCAGGUCAAACUGCCGCAGGGAUCCACACUCGUCUGUUCAGCCGAGCGUUUAUCGUGGACGAUGGUCAGAAGAGGGUGGUGUUUGUGUCUGUGGACAUCGGGAUGGUGUCUCAAAGACUCCGCCUCGAGGUUAUGCGUUCUCUGGAGCAGAAGUUUGGUUCUCUGUAUCACCGUCAGAACGUUCUGCUCAGUGGGACUCACACUCACUGUGGACCUGGAGGAUACUUCCAGUACACACUGCUUAUGAUGAGUACUAAAGGAUACAUCAAGUCUGCAGUACAGCCUCUGGUACAGGCUAUAGUCAAGAGCAUAGAGCUGGCCCAUGAGAACAUGAAACCAGGACGAAUCUUCAGGAACUUUGGAAAACUGGAGCAGAGCAGUUUGAACCGAAGCCCCCAGUCCUACAAGAACAACCCUCAGGACGAGAGAGACAGGUACUCUGAGGACACAGACAAACAGGUCACAGUUCUGAAGUUCACCGACUCAGAUGGAGAUGGCAUCGGGGUCCUCAGCUGGUUCGCGGUGCACGCGGUCAGUAUGAACUACACAAACAGAAUGGUCAGCAGCGACAACAUGGGCCUGGCCUCCCUCAUGAUGGAGCUGGACAAGAACCAGGGGCUGCCCGGAGAGGGUCGCUUUGUGGCAGGUUUUUCAAGCUCGAAUCUUGGAGAUGUGACUCCAAACACCAGGGGGCCCUACUGCGCCAACACCGGCCUCAAGUGUGACUAUCUCAACGGCUCGUGUCCUGUUGGAGGGACAAAGAUGUGCAUGGGGGUGGGGCCUGGAGUCGACAUGUUUGAGAGCACCAGGAUCAUUGCUGAGAACAUCUACAAGAAGACCAAGGAGCUGUACAGUACUGCAGUGGAGGAGGUGACGGGGCCGUUACACUUCGCUCAUCAGUGGGUCGACAUGAGCAACGUGACUGUGAAGAUCAACAGUACUCACACGGUGUCAACAUGUAAACCUGCUCUGGGACACAGUUUUGCCGCUGGGACGACAGACGGAGGAGGAGACCUCAACUUCACUCAGGGAGCGGUGGAGGGGGACCCGUUCUGGGACGGGAUCAGAGACGCUCUUGUGGGUCCUCCGUCUAACGAGACUCAAGCAUGUCACCGUCCCAAACCCAUUCUGUUCAGUACUGGAGAGAUGACAUGGCCGUUGCCGUGGCACCCAACCAUCAUCGACGUGCAGAUGCUCCUGAUCGGGUCUGUGGCUGUGCUGGCCAUUCCCGGAGAAAUCACGACCAUGUCGGGCCGAAGACUCCGAGAGGCCGUCAAACAGGAGCUGCAGGUCGAUGGAGGGUUCAGGGACCUGGAGGUGGUCAUCGCCGGCCUCAGUAACGUGUACACUCACUACAUCACCACCUACGAAGAGUACCAGGUGCAGAGAUACGAAGCCGCCUCCACCAUCUUUGGACCCCACACCCUCACAGCUUAUAUCCACAAGUUUACACAUCUGUCAAGAGCCAUCAGAGAAGACUCAGUCUCAGGUCUGGAUUCUGGACCGGAGCCUCCGUUCUUCUCAAACCUGUUUAACCUGCUCCCAGCUGCCACCGCCGACAGGAAACCAGUGAACACGAGCUUUGGACAAGUCCUGGAGCAGGUCUACCCAGUCUACAGGAAGGGCGACGUGGUGUCUGUGACGUUUGUGGCAGGAAACCCUCGACACUCUGGAGAUAUUAGAGACAAGACGUUUGUGACGGUGGAGAAGUUUGACAAUAACACCAAGAGCUGGGACGUGGUCCACACUGAUGCAUCAUGGGAGACCAGAUUUCAUUGGCUGAAAGGCGCCGAUCGCCAUAGCAACACCACAGUGGAGUGGUUCAUCCCGGACAGCGCCCCCUCUGGUGUGUACAGGAUACGACACUUUGGUCACUACAAAGAAAUAAAAAACUUCAGACCGGUGAUCCUGCCGUACGAGGGCCAGUCGGACGAGUUUACUGUGGCAGCCAGCUACUACAGCGCCACCUAGAGGACAGCUACAAACAUGCACUUCUUUAAAAUGACUCCUGUGCAAUUUAUAGAUGUACUAGUAAUUUUUUUA